CGCAGCUCACAGCUGUCACCCGGAGCGGAACGAGUCUCCGGAGGCCGCGGCGCUGUGCGGGUCGUUUGGCCGCAGAGCCGGCUGUAGCCAUCAUGGAGGUGGAGGUGGAGGUGGAGAGUCCCCUGAAUCCCAGCUGUAAGAUAAUGACCUUCAAACCCUCCAUGGAGGAGUUCCGGGAGUUCAACAAAUACCUUGCGUACAUGGAAUCUAAAGGAGCUCACCGAGCAGGCCUUGCCAAGGUGAUUCCUCCUAAGGAUUGGAAGCCGAGACAAUGUUAUGAUGAUAUUGAUAAUUUGCUUAUCCCGGCACCAAUUCAGCAGAUGGUCACAGGACAGUCGGGACUGUUUACUCAGUACAACAUCCAGAAGAAAGCCAUGACUGUGAAGGAGUUCAGGGAGCUGGCCAACAGUGGCAAAUACUGUACUCCAAGGUACUUGGAUUAUGAAGAUUUGGAGCGUAAAUACUGGAAAAACUUAACUUUUGUGGCACCUAUUUAUGGAGCAGAUAUUAAUGGGAGCAUCUACGAUGAGGGUGUGCACGAAUGGAACAUCGCUCACCUAAAUACAGUCUUGGAUGUGGUUGAAGAAGAAUGCGGUAUCUCUAUUGAGGGUGUAAAUACCCCUUAUCUCUAUUUUGGAAUGUGGAAAACAACUUUUGCGUGGCACACUGAGGACAUGGAUCUCUACAGUAUUAAUUAUCUCCACUUUGGAGAGCCCAAGUCUUGGUAUGCUAUUCCCCCGGAGCACGGAAAACGACUUGAAAGACUAGCCCAAGGUUUUUUCCCCAGCAGCUCCCAAGGAUGUGAUGCAUUUCUUCGCCACAAGAUGACCCUGAUUUCUCCCUCUGUGCUGAAGAAGUAUGGUAUCCCCUUUGACAAGAUCACCCAGGAGGCUGGGGAGUUUAUGAUCACUUUUCCAUAUGGCUACCAUGCCGGCUUCAAUCAUGGCUUCAACUGUGCUGAGUCUACAAAUUUCGCUACUGUCAGAUGGAUUGACUAUGGCAAAAUUGCUAAGUUGUGCACUUGCAGAAAUGACAUGGUGAAGAUUUCAAUGGAUAUAUUUGUGAAGAAAUUUCAGCCAGACAGAUACCAGCUUUGGAAACAAGGCAAGGAUAUAUAUACUAUUGACCACACAAAGCCCACGCCGGAAUCCACCCCUGAAGUAAAAAUGUGGCUGCAGAGGAGGAGGAAAGUAAGGAAAACCUCCAGAAGCUUCCAGGUCAGUAGGUCUCACUCAAAAAGGCCAAAGGCAGAGGAUGAGGAGGAUGAAACUGCUGUAUUUAAUGAAGAGGAGGUAGCUAACCCUGCCAUAUGCCCAGGAGACCUCAAGGUCACUGAAAAGCUAGAAAAAGUAUCCACACUGGAUGACAGAAAAAUCCCUUCUGAAGGAGAAGCCUCUGUCGGCAGGACAUUCACAGGCCAGAGCUCACUGGGCACCACCAGACUCUCAGGAAAUAACUCCUUAAGUACACCUGUAACAGAUGAAACACAAACUGAAGAUGAAAAAGCCGAAGCCAUAUCGUCACCAUCUGUGCCCAAGGAGGCAAGUGACUUCAUACCAUUUUCUAGUGACCAUGUAAGUGGUGAAGAACCACAUCCACCUAGGCACCUCUGGCCCAAAUCUCCCUACAUGUCUUCCUCACCGGCAGAAAGUAAUGGAAUGUUUACAGAAGGAGAAGCCAAUGAUAUGGAAGGCCAUGGAAGUAACCUUGAACCUGGGGAAGUCCCAGAAGUUCUUGAUGAGGAGAGAAAUGGCUUCCACAUCCCUGACAGAGUAGAAGGAGAGACCAGAACUGCUAAGAGCUGGCGCCAUCCCCUCAGCCAGCCUCCAGCCAGAUCCCCAAUGACUCUUGUGAAGCAGCAGGUGGCCAGUGAUGAAGAAUUGCCUGAGGUUCUAACAACCGAGGAAGAUGUGGAAGAAACAGAAUCCUGGGCAAAGCCUCUCAUCCACCUAUGGCAGACAAAGUCCCCUAACUUUGUGGCUGAACAGGAGUAUAAUGCAGCUGUGGCAAACAUGGAGCCGCACUGCGCCAUCUGCACGCUGCUCAUGCCCUACUACAAGCCAGAUAGCAGCAAUGAAGAAAAUGAUUCUAGAUGGGAGACAAAAUUAGACGAUGUGAUUAAAUCCGGAAGAAAGACUAAACCCAUCAUUCCAGAGAUGUGCUUUAUCUAUAGUGAAGAAAAUAUAGAGUAUUCCCCCCCCAAUGUCUUCCUUGAAGAGGAUGGAACAAGUCUUCUGAUUUCCUGUGCCAAGUGCUUUGUACGGGUUCAUGCAAGUUGUUACGGUGUCCCUUCACAUGAGGUGUGUGAUGGAUGGCUGUGUGCUCGAUGCAAAGGAAGUGCAUGGACUGCAGAAUGCUGUCUCUGCAAUUUGAGAGGAGGUGCUCUCAAGCAGACUGAGAACAAUAAGUGGGCUCAUGUCAUGUGUGCUGUUGCAGUUCCUGAAGUUCGAUUCACCAAUGUCCCAGAAAGGACACAAAUUGAUGUGGGCAGAAUACCUUUACAGCGGUUAAAAUUGAAAUGUAUCUUCUGCAGACACCGGGUUAAGAGGAUCUCUGGUGCCUGCAUCCAGUGUUCAUAUGGCCGCUGCCCAGCUUCAUUCCACGUGACAUGUGCCCACGCCGCUGGGGUGCUCAUGGAGCCUGAUGACUGGCCUUAUGUGGUGAAUAUCACGUGCUUCCGACAUAAAGUGAACACAAAUCUGAAGUCCAAAACUAGUGAGAAAGCCAUCUCUGUGGGUCAGACUGUCAUCACAAAACACCGGAACACACGGUAUUACAGCUGCAGAGUGAUAGCUGUGACAUCACAGAUCUUCUAUGAGGUGAUGUUUGAUGACGGCUCCUUCAGCAGAGACACGUUUCCUGAGGAUAUUGUGAGCCGAGACUGCAGGAGGUUGGGGCCUCCUGCUGAGGGAGAAGUCAUCCAAGUCAAGUGGCCUGAUGGUAAACUCUAUGGGGCAAAGUAUCUUGGAUCAAAUGUAGCCUACAUGUACCAGGUUGAGUUUGAAGAUGGAUCUCAAAUAGCAAUGAAGAGAGAAGAUAUAUACACCUUAGAUGAAGAGUUACCCAAGAGGGUGAAGGCUCGUUUUUCCACAGCCUCUGACAUGCGAUUUGAAGACACUUUUUAUGGUGCAGACAUAAUCCAAGGGGAGAGGAAGAGGCAGCGCGUGCUGAGCUCCAGAUUCAAAAACGAGUACGUGGAUGACCCCGUGUAUCGCACUUUUCUGAAGAGCUCUUUCCAGAAGAAGUGUCAGAAGAGACAGUAGUCAGCGUACGUUGCUGCAGCAGCCGAGCAUGUCAGACCAGAAGAGGAAAGAAGGGGCAGCCUGUGUCGUGGCGAGACCACGUUGCCCUGUGUUUCACUGAGGUGCAUGGUGUGUGAAUCUCUGACAGCGGUGAUAAAUCAGGUUUCCAGAGUUGGUUACCAAACAGAACAGACAUAUUAGUUACUUCUAUAAUCUGGUCAUCCCUUAGUCUUUUCUUUGAUCCCAAAGAACUUUUCUAUGUGAAGGGAAAUAAUAUUGAAUGACUCACUAGAAAAAGCUACUGCCAGAGAAGAGGUAGGCUAUCUGUGGCUCAGAUCCCUUCUCAGGGAACAUAUGGAGACUUCUCUCCCUCAGCUCCUGUCAGUAGGAGGUUACCCAAGAGGGUGGGUGAUAAUUUAUAUAUUUUCCACCGUCAGGGAAGGACUCUCACUUGUUGAAGUGGCAGUUUUUUUAUAAGAUGUUUUUAAAACACAAAUGGCAUAUAUGGUAAUGGGAUCUGCCUGUGUGCAGUCCGUAUUCCCUUGUACAGAACUUUUCCAUUUUUUUUUUAUACUCUUAAUACUUUUGAUUGUGUCUAAUGAGAAUAGAGUGGGCCUUUGUGAGAUGAAAUUUUUGGCUCUUGAAGGGGAAUUCUUAUGAAGUCAAUGGGAAUUUUAUAUUUAAAGAUGGAGCUCUGGGCCUGUUAUUUUUUAACACUUUUCAUAAUUCCUGUUCUGAGUAGAUAUUUAUAAGAUAUAUAUUUCUUUCAUUAUGUGUUUGUAAAAUUCAAAUUUAAAUAAAUAUGCUUUAAUGCAUAGUUUUGAACUAAUGUAACAUGAUUUUUUUUCCAAAACAGCCUGAAAAUGUA